AAAUGAUGUAAACGAAUUUAAAUAUUUCUAGAAAAUCUGGUUUUAAAAAUGAGUGCGGCGGGAGUAUCUAAAGUUACAUUCAAGAUUACGCUGACAUCUGAUCCUAAGCUCCCGUUCAAAGUUCUCUCUGUUCCUGACGGAACUCCGUUUACAGCUGUUCUCAAGUUUGCUGCUGAGGAGUUUAAGGUUCCUCCAGCAACCAGCGCUAUCAUCACUGAUGACGGUAUUGGAAUCAAUCCUCAGCAGACGGCAGGAAACGUGUUCUUGAAGCAUGGAUCUGAGCUGAGACUUAUACCUAGAGACAGAGUUGGAUCUUGUUGAGCCCAUCUUCAUAUCAUCCUGCAGAAUUUACACAAAUAUUUAUAUUUUUUUAUCUUAUUAAUCUUUUAAUAAAAACUAUGUAUUUUUUCAUUUCGUUAAAAUAAUUUAACUUUAUAGCAUGUAUACAGAACGUAGAUUUGGCUACGCUUUCUUGUCAUGAGUAUUAAGUAUAAUUGUUAGAUAUUAACUUGUUAACUACAACAUCAUUAUGCUUUGUUAGUAAAAUAAUUCUUAAGCUUACAAAAAAAAACAUUCCUGAACUAACUUUUUGAAAGUCGCCAGUAUUUACAGUGUUCAGUUCUAAAGAACCUGUACAAAUUAUGGAAAUUAUGUACAGUGUACAUGGUACAAACGUGGCACAGACGUAAAUAACCAUUUUCUAUUUCAGA